UGGAGCCAUAACAUAACACGAAAAUUGAUUGAUUGAAGUAAUCUAAGAUAUUAUCUUGAUUUGUUGUUCAAUUUCUUAUUUUUCUUAAUAGCCCGAAGUGGAAGUUACGAAUUUAAGCACUCGUAAAAUAAUGAGCGUUCUAUACCAAAAUAACUGUAAUAUAUUAAUAGAUCACAGUAAAUACAUUAAUAAGAUUUAUAGUAAGGUUUCUUCCACUGAUGAAAGUUAUGCUUACGAAAUUAACCCGUGUUUGUUUACUAUAAUUAUUGAGAAAGAACUACCUAAUAAAAAAAGAAAACUACAAAAUCAAGUUUUAAAUGAAGAAUCUUCAAGAGUGAAAGAUAUGUAUGAACAAUUUUUAAAUAAGCUACCACCAAAACUAAACCAUUUUCCUGCAGCGAAAAGCAGUUCAAGUGAGGUGCGGGAUCUAGCACAAAAGCUAUUUGAGGCGACUGUGUUUGAACAUAAAGGCAUUAAUGGUGGAAACAACUCUGAUUCCGCACUUAUAUGUUCAGUUAAGGAUAACCAAUACCUUAUACCGCCUAAUUGUAGAUUCUAUUGUGGAUCUGUAAAGGAGCAAUGUGAAAAACUGAAUGGCAAUAAUUUUGACAUAGUGGUAGCAGAUCCCCCCUGGUGGAACAAGUACAUAAGGAGGCUGAAGCAUGCUAAUGACAAGCUCAGUUACUCCAUGAUGUAUAAUGAAGACAUUGCCUCCAUACCCAUGAGGAACCUACUAUCUUCAAACUGUCUUGUUGCCAUGUGGUGCACAAAUGCACCAAGUAACAUUGCUGCAGUUAAAGAGUUGAUAUUCCCUCAAUGGGGUGUGGAGUACUUGACUACUUGGUACUGGUUGAAGGUCACUACUGAUAUGGAGCCGCUAUGCGACUUCAGCACUGGAUGCAAGAAGCAACCUUAUGAGAGAAUAAUUUUAGGGAAAGUUGGAGAGAUCACGGUGCCAGAGGACCAGUUAAUCGUUAGCGUUCCGAGCGCUUUGCAUUCGCACAAACCUCCGUUAUUAGAACUUCUAUCGCCGCACGUAAAAACAAGCAAACCUCAAACACUGGAGUUAUUCGCGAGGUACCUUCUACCAAACACGACCAGCGUAGGCUUCGAACCGCUUAAAUGGCAGCAUGUCUCACUGUAUGAAAAAGUUAGUUGAUGAAUAAAAGUAAAAGGUAA